AUGAACACUAGUCAUUACUAUGAAGACCCUGAGGCGGUGACAUCGACGGAAAAGAACAUUUUUGCAACGCCUGAUCAAGAUGGCUCGGACGUCCGUGGACCUGUCGAGCUUGGAGAUGAAGACCCUCGACGACUAAGCACUCGGAGAAAGUGGGUUAUAAUUUUGAUCUCCUCUUUGAUUGCCCAUGUGGUCACGGCCGGCUCGAGUAUCUAUACUCUAGCCUACGACCAAUUCAAUACUGAAUGGAGGACAACACGGGAGCUAGCUACGGCUGGACUCUCGUUGUACACGCUUGCAAUGGGCUUGGGGCCACUGCUUGUCGCGCCGCUGUCGGAAUUCUAUGGACGCCGCCUCAUCUGUCUGUGGUCGCUCGUUUUGUACCUCAUCUGGCUGAUCCCAUGCGCUCUGGCUCGGAACAUCGAGACUGAGCUCAUAGGACGCUUCUUCAGUGGUGCAGCGAGCAGUGCCUUCUUGAGCGUCGCGGGUGGGACGGUGGGCGACUUGUUUGACCAUUCUCAACUGCAAACCCCGAUGCUCGUGUACUCGAUUACUGCGUUUCUAGGUCCAGAUGUUGGGCCAAUCUUCGGAGGGUUCAUCUGUCAGUAUACUACGUGGAGAUGGACAUUCUAUGCCCUCAUGAUCUGGACCGGGGUGCUGCUCGCGCUGUUCUACUUCUUCAGCCCUGAGACAUACACGCCCUUGCUUCUUCGGUUGAAGACUGAACGUCUACUUCGCCAGGACGGCCUCGACGUCGACGUGAAAUUGCGACCUCAGGGACUCGGAAGAACCAUUCUCAUCAGCUGUACCCGGCCUUUCAAGUUGCUUGUCCUCGAGUACAUGUUGUUGUCCCUGUGCAUCUUGACCGCCUUCACACUGGGAAUCCAAUAUCUUCUCUUCGGCGGCUUCGCAUAUGUAUUUCGCACUGUCUACCACUUCGAGCUAUCUGAGAUUGGUCUCACGUUCAUCGGUAUUGGUGUUGGAGCGGUUUUUGGACUAGCUAUGGACCCGUUGUGGCGGAAGUACCGCGACAAGCAGUUGAAGGAAAACAAUGGUGUCCCGGAGCCCGAGUUUCGACUACCAGCCGUGGCCUUCGGAGCUCUAUGUCUUCCUGUGAGUCUCUUCUUCUUUGGCUGGACUGCCCGGCCACCUGUCCACUGGAUUGUGCCAAUCAUUGGCAGUGGCUUCUUUGGUGUGGGCGGGUUGCUGGUCUAUUCAGGCAUCUGGACGUUCCUCGUUGAAGCAUAUCCUGUUUAUGCCGCCUCAGCUCUAGGCGCCAACGCCUUCACUCGAUUAGUGGCUGGUGCGGCAUUUCCCUUGUUUGGGGUACAGAGUUGGCUGGGCGUCUUCUCUGCUUGGUUUUUUGGCGCUGGCGGCGGCCCCCUUCCCUUUCCUGCUCAUCAAGUAUGGGAAACGUAUCAGAGGUGCUUCAAGAUUUGCGAAAUCGUGAGCAUCCGACAAAUCAAAGGAUCAAUCGUCACUUCUAGCUUGAAGGUACCGGCCAUGUCGUGUGUCAUGACUGCCGCCAAUGCCCAGGUCGAUUCCUGA